GCCGAUUCAGUUUUAUUUCUAAUUAUAUUAGAUUUUAGUUUUAACGGUGAAGUCUCCCUCACAAAUUUGAUAGUUCAUAUAGUUAUUUGAACGGAUUUCACUGAUGACAGCAGUGAAUUUUUAUCUGGGUUCUUCACAGUUACAUGUUAGUGGGAUUAGAUUGUUAGCCUGGUCCCUGGGAAAAUUUUCUUUUAUAAAAAUAAAGUUAGAGCAGUUUAUCUAAUAUAAUCCGCAGUAAGUAUUGUCGUUUAAGGCCCGUUUCACACUAGCGCGUAUAUUCUUGUACGCGCAGCGUUUUUUUUUUUUUUUUUUUCACACUAUACCGCGUUUUUGCUAUAGCGAUUUCUAUUUAUUUUCAAAAUGAAUGUCCAACAGAUAAGAUGUAUGUUGGCUUUUGCGGCCUACAGGCACAUUUAAAAAAAAAAUACUUCAAAAAUAAAAAAAAUUAGGCGAUUUUGGAUUCACCCGAUGCUAGUUCAAAGACCUCUUAAUGGCGCUUUUGCAACCCUUUUUUCUGGAUUAAGAGACCACGAAGAGAAAUGUUUUGAUUAUUUCAGAAUGUCGUUAAAAUUUUUUUAUGAAUUAUUUUCAAAGUUAGAAAAGGGGCUAACCGUAGUAAAUAGUAACUUUCGCGUACCUAUUUCUUCGACAGAAAGGCUGUGCAUAACAUUAAGACGAAAUAAUGAAGUAUCUAGUGAAGAAAAUGAAUCUAGUGAAAGUCAAUCUGAUGUUGACGAUAUUGAGAGAAGCGGCCAACCGUCCACCAGCUACACCGGCGCCUCCAAUGCCCCUCUUGCCAACGAGACGGAAGGUUUCAGUCUAAUACGACGAAAUAAUGAAGUAUCUAGUGAAGAAAAUGAAUCUAGUGAAAGUCAAUCUGAUGUUGACGAUAUUCUGAAAAGUGAAAAAGCAUCAAUAAAGCGUUUUAUAAAUGCUAAAUUUGAUAAAUUUAAUGAAAUAAUUAAUCAAGCAUCAAAAAAAGUUAAAAAAUUGAAAAAAACAGUUCUAAAACAUAAACUCGCUAAUAAUGAAUUAACAAGAAAGAAUUUAGACUACGAAAAUACUUUAAAAAUACAACAAGAUCAAAUAUCAAAAAUUGAAGAAACGAUCAAAGAAAAGGUUUAUAGUGUUCUAGAAAGUGAUUUGCAAUGUUCAAUUUGUAAUGAAUUAAUGGUUAAGGCGUGUACAAUUAAUUGCAGCCAUACAUUUUGUGAAAUUUGUAUAAAUACUUGGUUGAGAGACAGUAAUGAGUGUCCUCUUUGUCGAACUUCAGUUCAAACCGAAACCCUAUGCCUAUCUAUGGAUAACUGUAUUACUAAUAUGUGUAAUGUUCUUGGGAAUGAAAUAAAAGAACAUCGGGAAAAUAUACAACAAGAAAGAUUGGCAGUUAAUGUCCGGCGAGCACCACAAAUGGCUCGGAGAGGUCGUAGAAGAAGAUAAGAUAUACGUCGAAAUAUAUAACCUGCACAUGUUCAAUGAGAAAUAGUGCAAAGAAUUCAUGAA